CUAAUACUGCUUCCACAGAAGAGUAACAAAAUCGAUUCUAAUUUUGAAAUUUGAAAACCGAGAAGAUGGUGGAAGGAGGCAUUAUUCUUGUCAAAUAUUUACUUUUUCUUGCUAACUUCAUUUUAUGGGUAGGUGGCCUCGCUCUGGUAAUUGCCGGUGCAGUACUACAAUUGAAGUAUACCGGUUUACUGGAUAUAUUGGGGGAUGAAAGAUUAGCUACACCAAUACUAUUGUUUGCUACCGGUGCACUGUGCUCUAUGUUGGGCUUUUUGGGAUGUUGUGGAGCAAUCCGGGAGAAUUACUGCUUAACAGUAAGCUUCGCUGUGCUACUGACUCUGGUACUGACGAUUGAAACGGCUAUUGCUAUCGCUGCUUACGCGUUACAGGAACCGCUUCAGGCUUCUUUAUCACAACAGCUAACACUGGGUCUGCAGAGGUAUAACCGUUCAGCAGGUGUUCGAAUGGCAUGGGAUCAAACUCAAAAACAAUUUGCAUGUUGUGGAGUGCACAAUUAUACAGACUGGAGUACCCCGCCAGAUUCAUGCUGUAUUCAAGUUUUACCUGGUUGUCGACUAAUCCAGCAAAAUUUACAACCUUCAGGUUGCAUGGAGCGUUUGGAGCAUUGGCUCAUCCUGAAUGCGGCAUUGGUUGGAGGAUUUAGCGCCAUCGUUGGCUCGUUACAAAUAAUCGGGAUUUGCUUUGCCUGCUGCUUGUCCAAAUCAAUACUCAAAGACUUUCAUGAUUCCUAUUAUUAACUAAUAUUAGUGGUGUAACAUUUCGUCCUUCACCGACGAUCUUUCCUUUAGAUGAUUGCAUUGUCAAAGACUUUUGCGCUUCACCAAAAUUUUAUCAAAUAUUCUACUCUUCCUUAUGCGUAACACAUAAACUCAACAUAAGUAUACCAUAAAUAAAUUGUAUACGAAUGAUUUAAC